AACUUGACCCAAUUUCGGUUUUGGCCAUAAAAUAAGCCUUAAGCACUUGAGCAUAAACAUAAAUAACAAUUUUCAUUUCAGCCAAGCUCCUCAAGAUCAGGCCAAUUAAGAGCAGCCAGACAGCCUACUCGCAACCAGACACAAGUCCCCGCCCCCCCGCUAGUGUCAGCAGCAACAGGUGUUGGCAACGGCAACGCGACCAAGUGGCAUCAUUUGCGGUUGCUGCCGCAUCGCAUCGCGUCGCGUCACAAACGGGAAAUUGGAAAAUCGGCAACAUGUUCUUGUGGCAACAGCAAUUUGUAUGUCACGCUGCUUGGGCAACCAGAACGACCAUUAAACUGGCCGUCUUGCUGCUAGCAGCGCUGCAGGCGCCAGCCCCAAUCGCUGCCUCAGCAUUAGCCACACCUGUCGGUGUCAACUCCAUUCCCGCCGCCGCCUCCGCCCCCAACACAAUGCAGAUCCAGACUUUGCAGGUGAACUGCACGCGUGAGCUACUCGACAUGCAGCUGACAUUGAACCGCAAUUUUCGAGGUGUGCUCUAUGCCAAGGACUUUCCACUCGAGUGCCGCACGCGUGGCCAGGACGAUGCCCAGUUAUCACUGCGCAUUCCCACCUCGGGCUGUGGUGUGCGCGCCGAGCCGCUGCCCGACGGCGGCAUGGAGUACACAGUCCGCAUUAUGCUGCAAAUGGAACAAAAGCUGCGCCAGAGCACGGAUAUACUGAAAACUGUGCGCUGUCAGCUGCCUGCCCAGGCCAUGGGGAUGACGCUGCCUCUAAGUGGACGUGAUAGAAAUGCACGCAUGCGAGCUUUGGCUGCCGCCGCUGCAGUUACACACACACACAUGGAAACGCCGCACGUGCGUAUUUGGCUGGAGCUGGGUGGCCCACAUGGUGCUGGCUCUGUGGAGGUGGGCGUGGCAACCACUUUAACCGUGCGCGCCAUUGUGCCGGGCAAUAUAGGCGUGCGUGUAGUGGACUGUGCCGCCUUGGAUGGGUUGGGUGAAUCUACGCAGCAACUGCUCGAUGCGCGCGGCUGUCCCAUAGACGAGCAGGUCAUGCCGGCGUUGCAUACACGCCACAAGCCCGCCGAGGAGGGCUGGUCGAAGCAGCAUGAGGAAGAUUUGGUCGAACGUACGUUUAUGGCCACGUUUCCCGCCUUUAAGUUUCCCGAUCGCGAGCGUCUCCAUGUUAGCUGUGGCGUGCAGCUUUGCAAAGGGAAGUGCCCAAAUCUAAAUUGUCGCCUGGCCGAGCAACCGCUGCAGCUGAACAUGGAUCAGCACUUGGCGCGCAUUGAAGUCUUCAAUUCAUUGGCCGUGACUGCACCACAGAUCGAAGUCGAUCGUCUGCGCUAUGAUCGACGCUAUAAUAUGAGUGUGGAUGAGUAUGGGCCACAUGUGCGUCCUUUGCCCAGCGAGGGCACGCUGUGUCUAUCCAUCUCCAAGUUGGCCCUAUCCUUUUGCAUUUUGGGCUCCAUAUUUUUAGUGGCAAUCAUUGUUGCCAUUUGCUCGCUCAUACGAUCGCGUCGACGUCGUCUGGCUGGAUCAAGUGGCUCCGGGUCGGGUCUAAUGGGCGCUGGCACCAUUGCCAGCAACUCGAAUAGCAGCAGUCGCUUGCAUCGCGCUGAAAUUUGCACAUCCAUGUUCUCCUCCAGCAGCGAAUCGGCGCAGUCGGCACCACGUUUUGCUGGCAAAUUUUUAAUGCCCUUGCCCUACUAUCCAAAUACGUUGCCCUACGGACGUGUCUACUAGUUGUAUGAGUUAUUAUAAUAUUUUUUUUUUGGGUAUAUUUGGUAUUAUAACAAAUACUAUACAGACUGACUGGCUACGAAAUUCGUUUAACGAAUGCUUAAAACGCAGUAAA